AUGAAAAAUAUAUUAGAAAAAAGUUGUGAUCGUCUUCAUGAUCACUGUUCAAGAAGAGGACGUAAACUGGUAGGAUUUAUUGGACCAAGAGGACCGCCUGGACCACAAGGACCGGCAGGUCCACCGGGAAAACGAGGUCCUACUGGACCAGAAGGACCAAUGGGUUUAAUUGGUGACGUCGGUAGAGAAGGACCUCCAGGAAGAGAUGGAGUCUGUAACUGUACAUUUCCUGAUAUAUAUAUGCAACCUGUUGCUGUACCCGGACCACCAAUUAUUCAAAUUCAAGAAAAAAUUGUUCCUGUACCAGUUAUUAUUAUCAAAGAAGUUGACAUGAAAGGCAUGGAAACAACAGAUCAGUCAAGAAUUGUUGAACCAGCAAUAAAUUCUUCAUAUACAUCUGCAACACCGAUAUCAUCAAAUGAAACUUCUAGUAAUGUAAGCCAAUUUGAUGAGUUUACACCAAAAACUAUUAAACCGACAAGAGGUCAACAAACUUUACGAGCUGAUGUACAGUUAACGACAAUUACUGAACCCUAUUCAGGACCGCCUACGUUGGGAUAUAAUCGAAAAGAAUGUACGCUUGCCGCUGUUGGUAUACCGGUGUUACAUGCCGAAUCACAGUACAGUUCAAUUGGUUCCUGGAUGCGUGAUUCACAGCCGUACAGCGAUGAGAUGUCAAAACGACGUUGGUUGACAGAUGAUUAUGCUUCACCGGUGUUAUAUGAAUAUGAAAAUGAAAAACAGUUGUUGAAUAAAAAACAAAAAAUUAAGUAA